CACCCACGACCCCACAUACCCACACAAAAGUCGUUGUCGCACUCAACUUAUACAAAAGGUCGCUCGCGCGUGCGUGCACCCACCCACUCUAUCCCCAUCCACACCCCGCCGCCACCACCAUCACUGUGUGAUCCGCAAUGCCCACACCAAACGAGCAGGGCGCAGCGGGAACACCAGGUGGUGCACCACCACGCGCCGACCUGCUGGCUCCAGACGCCGCCGUCAUGACACUGCAGCCGCCGACGCCGGUGGACGCUGCACCAGGCUCGGGGCUCGCGUCUAUCCUCGUCAGUCCCUCGUCCAUCACCACUCCCACCAUUGAAGAGGAGCCAGAGGAGCUCCAGUACGACUCGCCAGAAGAGGAGUGGGAAGAGCCAGCUGCCGCCGCCGCCGCUGCCGACCGGCGCCCGCUUCACCCUUACUCCAAACCUGUCCGCGGGCAUUCCACACCCAUUCCCGCGUCGUCGAUGAGCAGCCAGCACACGGUAAAGGGUAGUGGUGACGACCUGUCCCUCGUCAACUCACCGCCAAGCAUGCUCGGCACGUCGCUUCCCUCGUCGUCUCCGUCGGUUGCCUCCGUCUCACCGUCCCACCUAGCCAGCUCAAGCCCCCACCUCUUCGAGGCCCCAAAGCGCGCGCCCUCGCCCUCGUCGCCAGACUACCGCAACGUACUCCGCUCGUCGCGCCAGAACUCGACCCACCGCGUCCGCGAGACGACGGCCGGCUCGCAGCGCAACACGCUCGAUGGCGCACGCAUGGUCAACCAGUACAAGAUUGGACGCACGUUGGGCAAGGGUGCAUUUGCUACUGUCUACUCGAGUCUCGAUGUUGGCACGGGAGAGGAAUACGCCGUAAAGGAGUUCUCAAAGUCCCGCCUGCAGAACAAGAUGCUCCACGAGCGACAGAUGAAACAGCAGCGUGAGAGGAGGAGACGGCCCGCUCGCCCCGGUGUGACUGCGGCGACGGCGGAUGCCCCGGAGGCCCCCACAACGCGUCCACCCCUGUCACGCUCCACCACCAUUGACGAGGAGGCUCUGGCGAAUGACCCGCUCGCACUCAUUCGUCGUGAGAUUGCAGUCAUGAUGAAGCUCGACCACCCAAAUCUCAUCAAGCUCUACGAGUCCAUCUCGGUUCCAAGCUCGGACUCACUCUUCCUGGUCCUCGAGUACGGCGCCGGUGGAGUCCUCAUGAACAUCGAGCCCGGCGCAGACUCGACCGACGCCAAGCCAGCCUUCCCCAUCGAUCAGACGCGCGAGUACUUCCGCCAGCUCGUCUUGUCGCUAGAGUACCUCCACCACAAUGGCGUGACCCACCGUGACAUCAAGCCUGAGAAUAUCCUCUUCUCAAAGGACAGGGACCUUGUCAAGCUCGCAGACUUUGGAGUGUCGGAAAUGUUCGAAGCAAAGACCAACGACGACCGCAUCAGGACACAGGGCGGCAGCCCUGCGUUCCUCAGCCCCGAGGCCUUUACAGCCAGCACGUCCACCGCCGUUCAUGGCCGCCCUGUCGACAUUUGGGCUCUAGGCGUCACCCUCUACUGCAUGCUCACUGGCACACUGCCCUGGAACACGGCCCACCCUGCCGAGCUCUACACACGCGUCACUACGGAAGAACCCCUGAUCAACGACGAGUGGCCACCGGAACUCAAGGACCUCGUCACUGGUAUGCUCACCAAGGAUCCCAGCAAGCGCUUUACGAUCCCAGACAUUCGUGCCAACCCCUGGGUCACCAACUUUGGCGAGAGCCCUCUGGUCGACGUCGAGGAAAACCUGUACUACUGGGGCAAGGAGGUCGUGGAGCCUACUACCGAAGAAAUCAAGAAGGCCAUCACGUCGCUCCGGUCUCUUUUCACUGUGGUCCGCGCAGUCAACAAGAUGCGCCGCCUGCAAAGCAUGAGCUCCCAACAGCGUGCCUUGUCAACCUCUACCCAGCUCCCGAUCCCCAGCGACAUGUCAGGUACCUCUGGAUCUAUGGACUCGUACGCCGUUUCUGUCACAACAGGAGCGACCACGCCUGACGUCAGCGGCAGCCCCAAGGUCGACUUUGAGCCCGGCUUGCCGUCGAAUCGCGCGUUCUCGGGCCUGCCCCCGAUCGACACAGGUGCCGGCCGCCCCGUAUUCUCCGACGAGCCAAGCACGAUGGGCUCCCCCAUCGAAGGCGACUUUGUUGGCUCGCCCGUCGAGAUGGCCGCGUCGCCGGUCCAGGUCGACUCGCCACUCGAGUGCGAGUCGCCCAUCGAGGACGCACACAUCACCGACGCCAUCGUCGCGUCGCCCGAAGGCGAGGAGAUUGAGCUCGUGGAGUCACCCACCUCGGAAUAGGACAAUAACACGCACGCAAACACACGACCUGUAUGUACUUUACGCCCCACACGAUCACACAAACACGAACAAUAAACGAACCGUCAUUUGUACGCCCAUCAUGAUAGCAUAUGCACGUGUAUACUGUG